AGUGGGUAGUUAAUUGAGCUGGACAUAUCCAUACGCUAUCUAAGCGAGAAACUGUUUAGAUCACCUGAUUAAUUCCAGUCGAGCGCGAUAGACCCUGUAUGAUCAUUCAAUUUUGGCCUAAUUAUUAUUGCAUGCUUGGGCGUCGAGUCUAAUUGUGUAGCAAGGCUGCACUCAGACGUACGACACUCCCUUCAGCUAAGCACGGAAUACAUCGAACCGUCUUUCCACUACUCAUGGCAGACAGUCAUAGGGGGAACACUUAAAGCCCGAUCAGGGAUCGAUAGAGCGACUCUCGGACAGCGAGGCACAUCGUUCUAUCUAAUGAUGCAAGGCUGCAUGGAUGACCUCUAUUUAAAUGGCAGGGCAGAGGUCUUGUCGCUCCAAUCCAUUAGUACCUGCGAGGAUUCUUCACAUAGUAUUUUGAACAGCCUUUACAAUGGGACGAAAUUGGUUCCAGGUCGCAGCCAUGGCAGUAGUCCCCGUGGUGGGCAUCAUGGCGGCUGUCAAUCCGACCAUCUUGUCGUCGGCAGCUUCCUCGCUUCCGUCGCUAGGAGCAAUGUUCACAUCAGAUAAUUUUGCCAGCCAAAUGGACGGGCGCAUUCAGGCACAGGGACUGCUCAGCUCACACUUUGGCAUGUACGGAUGGCCGGGACAGUCGUUUGACUACGUGAUUGUCGGCGGUGGAACGGCGGGCUUGGCCAUGGCCCGUCGCCUGUCACAGGAUGGCUCUGCCUCAGUUGCCGUGGUUGAGGCGGGAGGAUUUUAUGAAACCGAUGCUGGCAAUGCCACAGAGGUGCCAAUGUAUCUGUUCAACUACUUUUUCGACAAUGGUAAGGUCAAGAAUCCUCUGUUUGACUGGUAUCAAUACACCACGCCACAACCAGGGCUGGCACAGCGCGAGAUGUUUUAUAUGCAGGGAAAGACCUUGGGCGGAAGCACUGCACGAGGAGCCAUGUUGUACCACAGAGGCUCGAAAGGCGCAUACGAUAUGUGGGCACAUCACGUUGGGGACGAUAGUUAUACAUGGGAUAAAUGGCUGCCGUAUUUCCGGAAGAGCGUUCACUUCUCUGGUCCAGAAACUAACCCUCGUCCUGCAAAUGCUACUGCUCUCAACGACAACACGGCCUUUACGGCUGCGGGAGGCCCCGUACACGUAGGCUAUCCCUUCCAGGUCAAUGCCAUCUCGUCCUGGGUGGACAAGGCUCUGGCCAAAAUGGGCUUCCCUGAAGCUCAAGGCUUCUCCAACGGCAACCUGCUGGGCCGUUCAUAUAUCACACACACCAUAAACCCUUACACCCGUCGCCGGGAGACCGCUUCGUCUUCGUAUCUGCGCGAGGCACUGAUGGAGAGUAAUAAUCUCAACAUCUUCACGCGUACCCUUGUGAAGGAGGUUGUUUUCGACAAUCAGAAUCGAGCAACAGGAAUAAGGGUGAGCACCGAGGGCUUUGAGUGGCAGAUCAAGGCCAAAAAGGAGGUCAUUAUGAGCGCUGGUGUCAUGCGUUCACCCCAGCUGCUGAUGGUGUCAGGAAUUGGGCCCAAAGCACAUUUGAAGCAGCUUGGCAUUCCAGUGAGAUCCGAUCUCAGCGGAGUGGGCCAGAACAUGCAGGACACCAUUAUCCUGGGGCCCACAGUUCCAGUCAAGGUCGAAAGCCACAGUCAGUUGAUGGGUAACAAAGAGACACUGCCACGAGCCAUUCGUGAAUAUAACGAGCAGCGUAAGGGUCUGUUGACCAACCCAGGCCAAGAUUAUUUUGCUUUUGAAAAACACCAGCCAGGCAUGCUGAAAGAAUCCACCGCCGCCGAUAUCGACGCCGCAUUUCCCCCAGACUGGCCGACCUUUUCAUAUAUUGCCCUUGACGACACCUUUGUUCCACAAUACGACGGCAAGAAUUAUUUUAGCAUGUCUGCCGCUCUGAUGACUCCCUUCAGUCGCGGUACGGUCACGAUCAACAGCAAUGAUACCGCCAAGCCACCCAUCGUGGACCCACAGUGGUUGGCCGAUCCAAGAGACCAGGAGAUGGCUGUCGCUGCCUUCCGCCGCUGUCGCGAGAUUGUUGCAUCGGACGUGAUGCGUGAGGUCGUUGCUGGACCUGAGAUUCUACCCGGGCCGCAGUAUCAGACGGACGAAGAAAUUCUGAACUAUAUCGCAGAGACAUCCGAUGCUUAUUAUGCCGGGGUAGGCACAUGCGCCAUGGGUAAAGCAGAUGAUCCUAAGGCUGUCGUGGAUUCCAAAGCCAGAGUCUUUGGCGUCAAGGGUCUACGUGUAGUUGACGCUUCCAUAUUUCCGUUUGCUAUUGAUGGACAGCCCAUGGGCACUGUGUAUGCUCUGGCUGAGAAAAUUGCAGCUGAGAUGAUGGUGGAACCGUAAAUGGCGGUGGAUCAGGUCGCAUCUGGAGCUUUUACCGAGCAUUAGCCAAAGGUCACGGUUGUGCUUUCGAAAGUAUUCUGAACUGUUUCAAUCGCUCGUAUGGCGUAGCACUACCUAGAUAGAUCAAUAUUGUUGACUCGAAGUAGAAUGUGUUGCAUACCGUUCUCAAACUCGCAUUGUCGAUAUGUUCACAAUAUGUCAACUUAAAGCUAUCUGUAUAAGAAUCAGUCUAGCACCAGAUAAUAGACUUGGAGGAUAUCCAGCCUACACAGUGUAAACGGGUCCUAUUUUGGUUUGUGAAGGUUUGAAAGUCAUAUCCUAGUCAAGGCAAAUACAGAUGUCAUAAGUUGUACUAGGUUACAAUUCCCUAGUGGCAGCCGCACCAUCGAACCAACUGCUAGUAAUACCAUUUUGGUUCCAGUGUGAACA